CGAAAUUACAACACCGCUUUGACGCGAUCGCUGGCCAAACCGAAAGGAAAGCAUAAUGGCAGCGUAGCGAUGCAGCUUCGAAUAAUCCAUCAUGGCCGACCGUACUCUCACCGUCGAAGACGCUGACCGCCUUCUCGACACCACCGUCGUCUUCCCCGACAUCAACGCCGCGUUCCAGCGCCUCCAGCCCAUCACCAAUUUCCGCAAGGAUGAUACCGAAGCCCGCAUACUGUAUAUUUGCAGACGUGUAGCGCUGGGCGAUGCCGUUGCGGACAGUGGAGUGGAUCAAGGAAGCGAGGGAGAUCUCUACAUCCUCAAAUGCAAGGUGCAAGCACCAUCUCAGCUCGCAGGAGGCCUUGUAGACCCCAUUGAGGGCCCGAGUAGUCAUACUCUCGACGAACUGAAGGCGUUGAAGAUUUUCGCCGACACGGACUCGCCUUCGCUGCCGCACCUUAUAAGCUGGAAGACGGCCGUGCAGGGCGCAGAUGGGCCUAUGCCGGGCGGAUAUAUCGCUUACGUUGUGAUGACGAGGAUGCCUGGACUGGACUUGUUGGAGCUGAAGUUUUGGAGCAUGCCGGAGGAUCUGCAGGAGGAGAUUCGGAAGAGAUUCUUGGUCGCUAUCAAACACAUCUGGCGGCUCGGCUUCCAGCCUUAUGACUGCGCUUUACGGAAUAUCCUGUGGGAGUCUGACACCCGAACGCUAUCCAUUGUCGACUUUGAACACUAUCGUCCAGCUACCAAAGACCCGAUCAACAUGAACGAACGCGAAGAGAUGACGAAGUGGGGAAUCUUGAAGCAGCCAUUGCCACAGUUCCAUUGGCAAGCGUGGAGGCAGGCAGAAGACUUGUCAGGAUUCCCGGAGAAGUGGUAGCGCUAGAUCUACACGCAGAAAUAAACGU